UUUAUCCUUUUCAAUUAUCAUUAUAAAUAGUUUUGUCAAAAAAAAAAUUAUCAUUAUAAAUAGUUGUUAACGGUAUUCAUAUUUCACAAUAAACUCUCCGUUGUAACAAAGAUGAAAACCAAGUAUUUUAUCUCAUUGUGUCAUUCAUUGUUGCUUAUAUAUGUUGAAGCAAUAUGUGAAAGAGGAGAAUCAAAGAAAAACAUUGGUGUAGAUUGCAAUGCAUAUUGGCCAGACGGAGGUCAAAUUUGGAAAGGCAGUAUUGGAACAAAAACAAACUUUCCAGGGGGCCGCGAUGGAAAAUGGGGUGGUGGUGGUGGAAAAGGGGGAGACACUAAAAGGUGGGUCUAUAGUGAAAGGUGGGCCAAAGGAUGGUGGGGCAUCAGUGGAAAAGCAGGACAUGGGUGGGCAAAAGGUGGUAGCGGUAGAAAAAAAGGGGACCGUGGUGGAAAAGGCAAAAACUUUCCACCUACUGGAAGGGGUGGUGGAAACAUCAUAGAAUUAGAAUCCCCUGAUUAUGAAAUUGAGGAUGAUGAUUGAAAUGAUGAUGAAUUUUAAAAUAGAAAAAAAAAAAAAAAAAAAAAAAAAAAAAGGAAAAUGGGGGAAAGAUGGGCAUAGGUGGAAAAGUCAUAAACUUUCCCGAUGGCGGAAAUGGGAGAUACACUUGAGAGUUGAGAGUGAAUUAGAUAAAUCUACUUGAGUUAUCUAAUUCACAAAUGUUUGAAUUAUUACAUGUAAAAAGGGUUAUUAGUCAAUAAAAGUAGAUUAUUAAAUAAUCAGAUGCUCUGAUUUGUGAAUUUUACUUUAUUGUUUUUGUGAUGAGAUGGUUCUGGUUAUGCUUUGUGUUGCAACAUGGCAAAUUGAUUUUAUUGCAGUAAGCUUAAUUUCCAAAAAAAUGCAUGGAUUCAUAUGACAAUUGAAACACUUUUACUUA